UCCACCAAAAGACUCAGCAAGACAAAUCAUUGAUGUUAUGAAGCUUGUACCUCCCAAGAAGAAUGGGAGACAUUGGGGUCAGCCAAAAUAUCGAUCCAUCUUGUUUGGUUACCAGUCAUCAUGGGCUGUUAGGAUUUGUGCCGCAAAGUUUCCCGAUAAAGCGGUUCCUAAACUAAAGCACCAACAAGGAAAGUCUUGGUCGUUGGAUAGAGAGCAUUCAGAUGUGGCAUCCUUGGUAAAAGAUUCAGGGUUAUGGCCUGGAAUCGAGGCUUUGCAGAAGACCUAUGAUGUUGUAACUUUUUUUGGGUUUAGAGAAAGAUUCUGGCCCGAAACCAUGACUUUUCUACUCUCGUUCGGAGAGAUGACUAUCAUUCCGGAUGAUGCAACCAAAUUACAGGUCUUGCUUUGGAAAGAAAAGUUGAGUUUGAGGGUUCAAAAAAUUAUAUUCCUUUUGAAGAGAUUUAUGUCUUGGUGAAAGACUGUCUUAGGUGGGGCAAACUUGAAGCGAAAGAAGAGUUCGAGAUAGGUUG